AUGAAGCGCCGAAAGCUGGCGGUGGCAGCCGGCUUCUGCCUCUCCUUCUUGCUGGGCACUUUGCUCAACGUCUUAUUCAUCCCGGCUUUUGAUCCGCAGCAGCAGCAAACGGCGGCCGUCACGCACUCGCUGGCGGACUCGCCUCUGGACCUGCCAGGGGAGGCGGAACGGAGCGGCGGCCGCCGCAGCCGCUGGGACUUAGCGCGGCAGAUCCGAGAGCGCUACGAAGAGGUGCUGCGCUAUCAAGAGCGGCGGCUUCGCGAAGCCCCGGGGCCGGCCGCCCCCUCCGGGUCGCGGCUGCUGAUGAAACCCCUGGAGCGCCGGCUCAUGGAUCUCGCUCCGCAGCAGCGGCUCUCCUCGUCGUCGUCCACGGAGCGCAGCUUCGGGUCUCUGCGGUCCGGCGUGGGCACCUCCUCCGGGACGCCCUGGCAUCCCCGGGCCAAGCUGGAGCUGUCGCUCAGCCCGCUCCGGCUGGGAUGCCGAGACAUCCGCAACGUGACCGACGUGCAUUACCUGGGUUCCGGCUACACCAAGGCCGUCUACAAAGCCGUGCUCAACCGAAGCCUGGCAGUGGCCCUGAAGUCCGUGGACUUCGCGGGCCACGACAUCGACAACUGCGUCAAACGUUACGGCUCUCUGGAGGACUGUUACCGGCUGGCCUCCUAUAAGAUCGUCAAGGAGAUGGUCCUCCUGCAGAGGCUGCGGCACCCCAACAUCCUCCAGCUUCACGGAUAUUGUUACCAAGACAGCAAUGACAUCUCCGACACACUGACAGCUAUCACAGAGCUGGGUUCGCCGCUGGAGAUGAUACAGCUUUUACAGACCUCCUGGGAGGACAGAUUUCGCAUAUGCUUGAGCUUAGUUCGGCUUCUGCAUUACCUGGCCCACUCUCCCCUGGGCUCUGUGACUCUCUUGGAUUUCCGACCUCGACAGUUUGUGAUCGUGAAUGGGGAGCUCAAAGUGACUGAUCUGGACGAUGCCAGCAUUGAGGAGAGCUCCUGCAGUAGCAACAGGGACUGUUUCAUGGAAUUCCCCGCAAGAAACUUCACUCUACUUUGUUCUGUUGAGGGCGAAUGCCAAAGUAUGAACGAGAAGAGGAAUCUUUACAAUGCAUACAGGUUUUUCUUUACAUAUCUUCUGCCGCAUAGCGCCCCUUCGUCGCUGAGACCGUUGCUGGAUGUGAUUGUCAAUGCUACGGGAGAGCUUCAGUGGGGGAUAGAUGAAACAGCUGCUCACCUUGAAAGAGUUUUGCAUCUAUACAAAAGUGGCAUGUACCUCCAGAACAUUACACGGAAGACCAAUUCAGAUUACAAGAAGCUGCCCAAAGCUGCUAUCCUUAAUGAGGAUUACAGGUGCUGGCCAUCCUACCAUCACAAGGGGUGUCUCCUUUCUGUAUUUGAUGUUAGAGAAGCCAUCGAUGUUUGUGAGAGUCAUUCACAGUGCUCAGCUUUUGUUCUCACCAACCAAACCACGUGGACAGGUCGUCAUCUUGUCUACUUCAAGAUGGGCUCCACUUCCAUUGUGUCCGAUCGUGACAAGACAACCUAUGUGAAAGUGAUUGAGUGAAGGCUAAUGUGACGUAGAAGUCCAGUUCUGUGCAAGUUUACUCAAGAGUAACUCCUAUUACAUUCCAUAGGACUUACUCCCCUGUAAGUGUGCGUAGGGUUAAGCCCCAGUCCAAGUAACAGGAAGUGGCAGCUGUUUGCAUUCACAGGCAGACUGCUGUUGCAUGCAAGGCAGCUUGGAUGGAGAAGGAAUUGCACUAGCACUCAUUCUAAUCUACAGAGUGUGAAACAAACUUUAAAGAAGAGACCUGCAUGACCAGGAUGAAUGUGCAAUAGGACGACAUUUUAAAAAUGUGACUUUGUCUUACGAAGCAGAAUAGAAUCCAAAAUGUGAUACACUGUGUGGCUCACCGUAGGAUGCUGAAAAGUGACAGGCACCCUAGUGUGCUUAUCUCAGUAGGGUCACACAUGCUCUGUACAAUUUGCAUACAAUUUGGAUGAGAAUUCUUCCCUUCCACAGGGAGUUUGGAACUGCCAGUUCAGGUAUUUUAUUUAUGUAAGCAAGUAGGACUGUUAAACUUCGUAUGUUCCAAAGCUAAAGUUCAAACCUCAUGGAAGACAAUCAAUACUUUAUUGUACCAAAUAUAAGAGACCAAACUUUGCAUAGUCCUUGUGCACCAGAUCAGUCUAGUAUCUAUUAUUGCUGUCACCCAAUUAAAAAAAAGUAGGGUGCAGUCUGUGUUUAGAUAGUAAAAAGUCCUAACACCUAGCGUUUUCCAGACAGCAUUGCCCUUUACUGUCAAAACAUGCAUAGGACUGCAUCCUUAAUUGAUUAACUGUAUCAGUUCUAAUGGGAAAAAGCUCCCUAAAAGAACUAAAGGGCAUACUUUGCUUCUUGCAGAUGCAUAGCAUGGAUCAGGAAAAUUAUAGCAGAAACAUUCCUCUGUUGCUUCGAUAGAGGAAGGAAGUGUUGCAGUUAAGUUGUUUGGCGUUCCCAAACAUUUUGAUCAGUGGGCGCAUUUUGAAUUUUGUGGAACCUUCAUGGGUGCUUUCAUAAAGUGGCUUAUGGGUGAGGCUCUUGCCCAGUAGCUGAUUCCAAGGCAGCAGUGGGUUUGCUCUCCAAAGCAUAGUCUAUCUUUUGUGAGUCCAAAUAAAGGUGGUGCUGCAGGGUAGCCCUUGGCUUUGCAGUCUCCCAGUGUUUCUAUGUUAAAAUGUUGGAAGUAUUUUAAGAAAAAUAAAAAUCAGGAGGGCAUUGAGCCUGGCAGGCACCGAGAGACAUAUUACAGUCCACAGGCACUAAACUAAAAUAAACAAUAGCCAUAUGUGUUGGUUGAUGCAUGGGAUGGAUUUUUCUUUAUAUGGUGAUAUGUAUUAUUUCACUUACAAGAAAAUAUAAUAAACUAAUGCCGUCACAUCUGGAGCCCUCCUGCUCAUUCUGCUGAGUAGGUAGGUCCCUGGACAUCUGCCCCAAAAUCACCACUGGAAAGAAUGUCUUUUUAAAGAUAGCACUUUCCAUCUGCAGGUUGUAUAACUAUUUCUUGAUUAAGUUUUCUAUCAUGUUGAACAAGAGCACCUUUUCAGUUGAUUAACAUGUUUUUAAUCAAAUGCAUUAAUCAACUAAACAAUGCAGGCCUAGGGUUUGUAGAUGAAAUAAUGCUGUCAACUUUCACUUUAAGAAAUGAACUGGGAAGAUGUCGAUCACUUUGAUGGGUAGAAUAAAGUAAGCUGCAUGCUGCAGACACCCAUGUUACAUCUAUCUCUGUGAACGCACCAAAUAGUGCUUCAGCCCUAGCUGCUUCAGUUUACACAUUAUGCAUUUAGGGUAAAGUCCAGUGCAGUUUUAAACAGAAAAAAAUAUCUGUCUUAACUUGUAUGGGAUUUUUCGUUUAGGGAAAGUAAAAGGGUAUAGGGCAUUGCUAAGGUGAGAGCUAACCCUACUCUUUCUUGGGGGACUUCAACAGUUCCGGGCAAUUAUCGCCUGUUUUACUUUAUCCUAUAUAAUCCAGUUGGAUCUUUGACAAUCAAGUGUGCACCAAUUCACACAGUUUCUCUUGGGUUUCAUUUCUUGCAUAUGGCAGAUUAGGACAAUGGGACUUAAAAGGAGGGGGAAAGCCCUGCAGUUGGAUUCAUGCAAUCCUAAAUUCAUCCAUCAAAGUCCAAUGGCAUGUUUCAUUUGUUUAGUCCCAGAAUAAUGGUUAAUGUUGAAUAGUUGAUGCUAAUUUGAUUUAAACAUUUUUAUAAAGGUUUUGAUACACGGGACGAAUUGUGCCAUUGACAUUCUGCAUGGAUGGUCAUGCUUGGAUACUCAGGUUCAUGGAAUGGGCUAUCCAUGUUAUUUUCCUUGGGACUCUACUAUGAAAGAUAUUUUGGACUGCUGUUGGGUCCACUGGAUUGUCUUGCCUUAAAGAAAUCUGGUAUAACUAUUGUUCAGAACACUUGAUGCAAGGCAGGAGCAACAUGUUUGGACUGACCAUUUGUAUUCACAGUAUCGCUCACACAUCAGGAGAGCAACUGAGAAUAACGAACAGCACAUUUUUCAGGUUCUUGUACAAAAGAUGCGUUUCUGCUACUGAGUCUUUGGAGUUUUGAAGGUGCUGCUUACUAGCUUUAAGAACAAAUGAUCUUAACAACAGCAGAUGAACCAGAGCCUUAAUAAUGCAAUACAAAUAUCAAAAUCUUUUCAUAAGUAAAGUGUGUCUAAAUAAUACGCUUUCAGUGAAAGCAAAUAAGAAAAUGUUAAAAGUGACAAAUGUCAUGCUUUUUCUGGUUUGUGCGUUCAGAAUCUUUUGUACAUUUUGAAAAUGUUUAUUUUUGUAAGAAAAUAAAAUGAAAU